AUGGCCCGCCCCUACAACACUUACAAAACUGGAAACUGGCAGCCUUCCAAGCUGGAACUCAACAAUACUGAUGACGCCGCGCCGGGGCAGAUUUUCAUCAGAGUCCGAGUAGCGGACAACGACGCCAGUACGCGUCCAAGAAUCUAUGACAACGAUGGAAAUGUGGUCUACAUCGGGCCCGAGGAGGCUACCAUGGACUUCAAAGCCCAAAAGCUGUUCGGGCAGGAUGUCAUUACCUUCUGGUCUGGUGAAACUGGUGUGUCUGGCGGUUAUGGCUAUGGCAAGGUUCACAUUCUCGACAACACGUAUAACGAGAUCUAUUCCGUCAUUCUGCAAGAUAACUUUUCCACCCCCACUGGUGAAACCAAAAACUCCUAUAUUGAUGUUCACGAGCACAUCAUCACUGACCGGAAUACUAUGAUUGUCACUGCUGUUAAUGUGACCCAGCAAAACCUGACUUCUGCUGGCAUAUCGGGGACCCAGUGGAUGAUCGACAGCCAUUUCUAUGAAAUCGAUAUUGCAUCCAACGCGGAUACACCAUGGGAUGCCUAUCAUGUCAACGCCGUCAUGGCCACCAAUGACGGCUAUCUCAUCUCUGUCCGAUGUUACUCUUCAGCUUUCUAUCUAAACAAGGAUGGAUCAGUUCGCUGGCAAUUUUCCCGCAAUACCCUCUCUGAAGUCGACAGCGAAACCACCGGAAUGGCCUACAACGUCGACCUCGUUAACCAAAAGGCCACAUUGAUGUACAACGUCUCCGACCCGACCAACCCUCUAUACGCCAAGACCCAGGGUAGCUUCCAAUUCCUCGGUCCCCCGGGACUCUCCAACAUGUUCAUGAACUACGGCUCCACGCCCAAUAUCCAAGAAUAUGACAGCAACUGCGAAAUCGUGAAGUCCGGUCAAUUUGGCGCAUAUGGACAAGCUGAGACAUACCGUGGUCUGAAGUACAAAUGGACUUCUACUACGCCGAUUUGGAACCCUGCUGUUGCUAUCAACGCCACUGUUUCUAACACGACUGAUUUCUACAUGAGCUGGAAUGGUGCUACUGAGUAUGACAACUUGGCUGUGUACUCUGUUCCUUCGCUUCAAUCGAUGCAGAAAACUAUGCUUACCUCCAAGAAGCGGACUGGGUUUGAGACUAUAGCCGGACUUCAGAAUGUGAGUGCUAAGUAUAUCAAGGUCGCUGGCUCGCAAGGGUGA